CGUCCCUUCAGAUCUGUGAAGAGUUCAAUCUUAUUCAUCGCCUCGUCCGUGUCCAUUCUCAUACCGCCGCCAUCGACGAUUUCUCUCAUACUCACUGGGUUUGGUGAGGUGAUUGAAGUUCGUUCAUAGAGAAAGAUGUACAACGGAAUAGGGUUACAGACCGCGAGAGGAUCUGGGACUAACGGUUACGUUCAGACGAACAAGUUCUUCGUGAGGCCUAGGAACGGUGGUAAGCCCGUUAGUGGAGGAAAAGGGUUUGCGGAUGAUCAGGGAACCGCUGGUUUAUCCAAGAAACCCAACAAAGACAUCCUUGAGCAUGACCGUAAGCGCCAGAUUCAUCUCAAGCUUGCUGUGCUUGAAGACGAGCUUGCAGAUCAGGGCUUCUCUGAUGCCGAGAUUGCUGAGAAGCUUGAGGAAGCAAGGUUGAAGUUUGAAGCUGCUGCUGCCUCUGAGGAGAGUGAUGCGGUUGGUGAUUCGAAGAUCUCCGAUACACAGACUCAUCAGGUUGCUGCGAGGAAGGAGAAGCAGAUGGAAGCUUUUCGAGCUGCGCUUGGUUUGCGUGAUCAGGAGCCGGCUGAAGAAGGGAUCAUUGAGGAGGAGCCAACAGGGUUAGUGAAAGAGAGGCGGGAACAUUCGUUUUUGGACCGUGGUAGUGGGAGGAAGAGAGAUGAGGGUGUUGAGGUGAAAGAUGGCAAGGGUAAGGAAAACAAGAAGGAGCGUGGUGAUGAUGAUGUGGAUGAAGUGAAGCGUCACAAGAAGAAAGUGAGCAAGAAGAGAAGACAUGAUGAUGAUGAUGACUCAUCUGAGUCUGAUGGUAAGGGACGUGACCGCAGAAGGCGCUCUAAGAAGAAGGCUAAGGGGCGUAAACAAGAGAGUGACUCUAGCAGCUACGAUUCUGACUCUGACAGUGAUAGCGGAGAGAAGAGGAGAAGGAAGGUUACAAAGAAACGUGGUAGAAGCAGGAGAAGUGUCUCUUCUGAAUCUGAAGCUGAGAGUGACGACAGCCUGAAACUUCCGAAGUCACACAAAAAGAGUCGACCCACCAACCAAUCAGUUUCAAAAGAUUCAAUGGACAAACCUGAUGAAGGAAGAGGUGGGCGAAAGAGACAUGAUUCUGAUGUUAGCGAGCCUGAGUCUGAGGAUGAGAAACAACAACUGCGAAAGAGAGAAGAAGCUUACCGCAGUGGACAAAAGCCGAAAAGAGAUCAGGAAGACUUGGAGUCUGAUCAUCUUAAGGACAUGCAUAGAGGUGGCAAGAAAGCUGCAAGAGACUCUGAUGACAGUGAGGCCGAGUAUGGGAACAAUAGGAAACAGCUGCGCAGUAAGGUGGAAGUUUACAGUGGAGGAAUGAGCAAGAAGAGAGCUGAAGAAGAGAUCGUGUCCAAGCAUGAUUAUGAUAGGAAGCAAGUUGCAAGAGACUCUUCUGAUGACAGUGAGGCUGAGUAUGAAAAUAGGAGGAAGCUGAAGGAUGACAGUUACCAAAGAGGAAGGAAGCAGAUAAGAGAGGAGGACCACAGUCGCUAUGGAAGGGACAGGUAUAGAAGCGAUGAUGCUGGUCAGAGACGUGGAACUGUUAAGGAUGUUGAUGAUAGGUAUAGAGGUCAAGCCAGCGAGGAAGAGGAUGAAAAUGAUAGGGGUCGAUACAGACAGAGACGUGAAACGGUUAAGGAGGAUGAUACGGAGUACAAGCGUGGCAGGGAGAGGUACAGAGGCGAUAAGGAGGACAGGUAUAGAGAUGAUGUUGCUGCUGGAAAAAGACAUGUGACGGGUAAGGAAGACGAAGAUGAUGAAAGAGUUAGCAGGGAGCGUGAGUACUCAAACAAGGGUCGAAGUCAUUACGAUGGCCGAUCAAGCGGGAAGAGGUCGUCCUACGCUGAUAGAGAUUAAUGAUCUUUGUUUCAUAUGUAUGUUUUAAAGUUUCCCAAACAUUUUGUGUGUUUAUGGGCUUGUCGCAACGUAAGCCUUGUUUUGCUUGCAAACUAUCUCUUUCAGACUUUUA